GUUUAAUUGUUUAAAUUUGUUUUUAUAAAAUAAAAUAAAAAAAUUGGAAAAUUACUAAAGGAACAACUAUUGCGAUUUGUUAUAUUCGAAGAAAACGGUUGCUUCAACAUUUGCCUUAAAUAGAAUAUGCUAAACGUUUCUGGAACCACGACAGGAGGAAUUUUCUGAUUGUAAUAUUUCAACCGCUAAAUAACACACAUAUUAUACAAACAUUAAUAUCAACAAUAAAGUAAUAAUAAUACUCGCAUAAAAUAAUAUCCCUUUAGAAGACAUCAAUCCUCUUCGCAACCACCAAAAAUAAUACCUGUAAGCAUACGCCGCUGGAACAGACACACACGACAUCACCAGACAUCAAAUAAUAAACAUCAACGUUGCGUAGUCAACGUUCGUUUUUUUUAUUUUUUAUUUUACUUGUUCGUUACUUCACAACAUACCGCCAUCAGCAUCCAUUUAAAGCAGUGAUAACACCAAAGACCCAAACUUUACCCAAAGUAAUAAUUUCAUAACGCAAUGCAAUCGAUUGAUUCUGGUGGUGAGUUGAAAGAACAAAACAAUACCACCGUAACAACUUCAACAACAAGUCACAACGAAUCGACCACAUCUUUCACUACCAACAACACAACAUCGACGAACUCAACAGCACUCAAUAACGAUACAAUCAGUAAAAAUCCAUUCAAGCAACAGCCUCUUAAUCAACGGCAUCAUCACUCGCAGCAUCAACAGCAUAAUGGCAGCGCAGAUGCUGAGCGCGGGGACGGCAGUAACUAUACCGGAAUUUUGGGUGUCGGAACACCUGCCGCCUCCACAAACAACAAUCGCCAAACAAAAAUGACAACAACGCCGUCACCCAUACCGCCUCCAGAUGAUCAUAGGCAAGAAGAUUACCGAGCGGCCGGGUCGUGGGCUGCCUUCAAAAACUGGAUGAUACAAUGGCGUGGUUCAAGACGUUUAGUAUUAGUUAUAGUGGCCAUUGCUUUAUUGUUGGAUAACAUGCUGCUAACUACAGUCGUUCCUAUUAUACCUGAGUUCCUGUACGAUAUACGGCAUCCAGAUGCUCCUUUAGAAAGCUUUCCACGUACACCGUUAACGCCGCACACGCCACCACCAACCACACCUUGCCCCGGUAAUAAUAAAGAUGCUGCCGGCGAUGUACUGUCAACUGCUGAUGUAUCAACCCUGAGUCCAGACGAAAACGAAACACUGUAUCGCGAAAUGGAGGAACGACAUAAGGAAUUGGUAGGCGAAACGGUGGAAGUGGGAUUAUUGUUCGCUUCCAAAGCAUUUGUGCAGUUGCUAGUUAAUCCAAUUGUUGGUCCAUUAACUCACAGGAUUGGCUACAGUAUACCUAUGUUUGCUGGUUUCGUUGUAAUGUUCAUCUCGACUCUAAUUUUCGCCUUCGGUCGUUCAUAUUUGGUGCUAUUUAUAGCUCGCGCUCUACAGGGCAUUGGGUCUUCGUGCAGUUCAGUUUCUGGAAUGGGUAUGUUAGCGGAUCGUUAUACCGAUGAUAAGGAACGUGGAAAUGCUAUGGGUAUCGCAUUGGGUGGUUUGGCGUUGGGUGUUUUAAUUGGGCCACCAUUCGGUGGUAUCAUGUAUGAAUUUGUUGGCAAAUCAGCUCCAUUUUUAGUAUUAUCCAUAUUGGCUCUCGGCGAUGGUCUACUGCAACUUUUCAUGCUACAGCCUUCGGUGCAGAAGGCGGAAACUGAACCUCCAACAUUAAAGGCUUUAAUAACGGACCCAUAUAUAUUAAUUGCAGCUGGUUCCGUCACUUUCGCUAAUAUGGGCAUAGCUAUGCUGGAGCCUUCUUUGCCUUUAUGGAUGGUCGAUAAUAUGGGCUCUAGCCGUUGGGAGCAGGGUGUAGCUUUUCUUCCGGCCUCCAUUAGCUAUUUAAUUGGUACCAAUUUGUUUGGUCCAUUAGGUCAUAAGAUCGGUAGAUGGUUAGCUGCGUGUUUGGGUUUAAUUAUCAUUGGAGGCUGUUUAAUUAUGAUACCGAUGGCCACAUCCAUUACGCAUUUAAUUGUUCCCAAUGCAGGUCUGGGCUUUGCUAUUGGUAUGGUUGAUUCUUCCAUGAUGCCAGAGCUAGGAUAUCUAGUAGAUAUACGUCAUUCAGCUGUCUAUGGCAGUGUUUAUGCUUUAGGUGAUGUUGCGUUUUGCGUUGGCUUUGCGGUGGGACCUGCGUUAAGCGGGACUUUGGUGAAAACGAUAGGUUUCGAAUGGAUGCUUUUCGGUAUUGCCAUUAUAUGCUUUAUGUACGCACCGCUAUUGACGCUACUUAAAAAUCCUCCUACGAGGGAAGAAAAAAAGGUUUGUACUGACGCAACAAUUGCAACUACGUCAAAUCCAGACGAACAAAAUGUUAACGAUGCGAACAGUGCUGCGAUACCGCCAAACAAGGGUAUUACAAACGCGGCCUAUGAAACUGAGAGGCUUUAAUAAUUUUUUUAACUCUUUAUUAUUUCCUUGUUUUUGUUAAUUUCUUAUUAUAAUUUUUAUAUAUG